AUCGGCUUGGCACCUAUUUCAAAGUUUUUUGCUACAUGUUAUUUUCUGAUGGAGUCGGACAACGAUAUAAACAGCCACUAUAACAAUGUAUGUGAUUCAUUUGAUGGUAUGAAUUUAAAAGAAAAUCUUUUACGUGGAAUUUUUGCAUAUGGUUUUGAAAAACCUUCUGCAAUACAACAAAGAGCCAUAAUUCCGUCAAUUGAAGGACGUAAUGUUAUAGCACAAGCUCAGUCGGGUACCGGGAAAACGGCCACAUUUAGUAUUGCCAUUUUACAACAAAUCUGCACGAAUGAUCCAUGUUGUCAAGCUUUAGUACUGGUUCCAACUAGGGAAUUAGCGAAACAAAUUCAAAUGGUUGUUCUAGCACUUGGUGAUUAUAUGAAUAUUAGUUGUCAUGUUUGCAUCGGUGGUACACAAGUAUCGACUGAUAUCGAACAGUUAAAGUUAGGUCAACAGAUUGUAGUUGGUACACCUGGACGUGUUUUCGACAUGAUUAGUCGUGGUUAUUUACGUACAAAGACAAUUAAAUGUUUUGUAUUGGAUGAAGCAGAUGAAAUGCUUAGUUUAGGAUUUAAAGAUAAAAUUCACGAUAUAUUCCGAUCACUUGAUUCAGCUGUUCAAAUUAUUUUAUUAUCAGCAACAAUUCCUCAUGAAGUAUUAGAAAUAUCAAAACAAUUCAUCCGUGAUCCAGUACGUAUUUUAUUAAAACAAGAGGAAUUAACAUUAGAUGGUAUACGUCAAUUUUAUGUUAAUGUUGAACGAGAAGAAUGGAAAUUAGAAACAUUAUGUGAUUUAUAUCAAUCAAUUACAAUAACACAAGCAGUAAUAUUUUGUAAUUCACGUAGAAAAGUUGAAUGGCUAACAAACGAAUUAAUUGAACGUGAUUUUAUUGUAUCAGCAAUACAUGGUGAAAUGGAACAAAUAGAACGUGAUAAUAUUAUGACAGCAUUUCGAAGUGGUUCAAGUCGUAUUUUAAUAUCUACUGAUCUAUUAUCACGUGGUAUUGAUGUACAACAAAUUUCAUUGGUAAUUAAUUUUGAUUUACCAACAAAUUUAGAAAGUUAUAUACAUCGGUAAGUGAAUAUUAUAUUAUUAUUAUUAUUAUUAAUACUGCGAAAUUGAGAGGACGAAAAGCGAAUAUCCGAUGCAUCAACCGGGUUGGUGGAUAUGAACGAUCCAUCUAGGGGAGUUGGAAAACCCUGAUUCCAAACCAAUGGUGUGUUCAUGGGCUCCAGUUUCCUGAAGGGACAAAUGGUGUAUGAGCCAAAUGUUGGUCACCGGUUACCAUGUGAUUGCAUCUGAUGUUACUCCACUGCCUUGUGGAUCAGACCUUUAGAUCGAAGGCUCCGGGUAUGGUCCCCUUAGAAAACCACCUAUUUCGAUCUGAGCACUCUAACAGUAUCACAGCUUAUACACAUAUCAAGUGGCUUGUGUGGUGUAUAUGUAUUUGGUGCUCCUUUGUACCAAUAUUUGUGUGUUCAAAUCAAAUCAAAUAAAUACCAAAAACACUGCGAAUCGUAUAAGAAAUUUAUUUGUAAUAUAGAAUUAGUCAAUAGGUUAUAAGCAUUGUAGAAACUGGCACGUGUAUAUAUCGGUUCUAGAUGCUACACUGUAUAAACACAACGAAACGUACAACUUAUUAAAACAAAUAUCAAAUUAGUAGAAACAUCAAUAGUAUCCACGACAAAGAGUGGAUGCAUCUGCACCAUUGUGACUAAUUCUGUGUUAUGUCACUUAAAGUCUCCAGCUGCGGAGUUUACAUAUUCCUACUCAGCUUAUUCCGAUAAUCAGUAAUUUUGUAGACUGAUGUGACUCCUUGAUUUUUAUAACUUUAGUUUCUUUUAUACCUAUUCCUAUACUAAUUAUCAUCGCAGAUUGUUGUAGGCAAUUGUUGGGUAUAUAUAAUUUAUGUACUAAUCACGUUAGUUGUCGAAUAUUAACAAUAUUACCUGCUUAUUAUCUAUAUUUAUUUAAUACUCUUUGUCUAACCUCAAUAUUGUUUACACAAUGGUCCCAUUAUACAAGAGCAAUACUUCUCAGGUAUUCAUAACCAAAUACUAGCGACUUACGAAUGUUCCCUAUUUUGAUGACCACAUUUUUGGAAGUUAGAAUAUGGAACAAAAAUAAAGUGUAUGCUUAAAGAAUUAACUUUUUAUGUUAGUUAUUGUUUUUUAUGCCUUGAAUACUAAAAUCAUUCUGUAAAAAAACUUAUUUGUCUCUUCAGAAUAUUUAUGCACUUCAUUGCAAUGAUUACUGGAGCCCUUAUAAUCCAGUAUUCAAUUUGGAACGGCAGAAAAAGUUAUUUCUGAUCAGUUUAUCAUGUCAACCUACAUCUCAUCGUUGUUUCGAUAGUUUAUAGGCAAAGUUAACCAGUUUUCAUGUUAGAUUAAUGCAUUACAUACUUUUCAAGGCAUAGAAACUCAACUUUAACCAUAUACAUAAUACGAGUCUAGUACUACUAUGUUCGAGGGACUAAGGUAUCACCUUAAACUGGCAAACGGAAUGUAAUCCAACAACACUAACAGGACGAAGAUGAGACAUUCGUCUGAACAUCAACCCUGCUAACUAGAGAAAGAAUACCAGAAUCAAAAGAGAAUAGAUAUUUAAUUUUAAAAGCAACCCGGAAGAACGAAUAACAAGCACUCAACUCUUUGUGUCACCAUCUUGAAACACCGACUUCGGUGGCUUGGACAUGUUCUACGAAUGUCGUCCCAGAGAAUUCCACGUCGUGCAUGAUUUGCCAACUCUGGGACUGGUUGGAAAAAGCGGAGAGGUGGUCACUGCAUGAUAUGAUGUCGUGGCAUGAAAGAAAGCUGCAAAGGACUGGCUUCUGUCGGUCCUUCACGACUCCCUGGUUGGGGUCUGAGAGAUGGUGCUACACAGUGGCUAGAGACGUUAUCAGAUAUGGCUCAGAAUAGAAGCCAGUGGCGAUCCUGCUGUAACCUUCUUUUACUUUCUUCAUAAAAAGUGGUUGUGUCUCCCUUACCUGAAAGAUUUUUUUCCGAUUGCACCUUUCCGUUCCCUCAUUACUACCACACUACCUUACACCAAUCUCUUCGUUAUUGUUCUUUUUUUUGCGCUCCUUAGCUUUUUUUUCUUCCUAUUGCUCUUCGAAUUCUCAUUGUUUUGUGUGGCGCAUAUAUAUUGGCGCUCUCUUAUACCAAUAUUCAUGUGUUCAAAUAAUAAAAUAAAAAUACAUACAAAACAAAAAUGUCAUUGAAAAGCGUCACAAAAUUACAUACUAAAAGAUUAAACAAACCAAUGACGUUUAAGCUUCUUUCAGGUGGGAAACAAACUGAAAGUAAUAAUAGGCGCUUUUGUGGCGAAAAUGUAAAAUUAAAGUCUUCCCAAUGAAGUCACAAAAAAAGAAGUUUACCGAGUGCAUUCUGGAGAUCUAGCAUCCCUAACAACUCCCAUUUUCAUUAGCGUAUAUUCCUGGUAUUCAACUGCAUCUUGACUGUUUGUCGCCGUUGUCUCAUCAACCUUCUGGAACACAAGUCAGUCCAUUUAUGAAAUUCAUCGCGACCGGGGGUACGUUGAAUGUAUCCAUCAGAACUUUAAGCAGGAGAUUUCUGUUUGUCUAUGGGAGAUAUAAGUUUAAUUAUUUUGGUAGCUGGCGCCGGUGUCGAGUCCACCUGUCUCUUUCACCUCUAGUUCAUACAUGACUUGACCUCGCUUUUCGAUCACACGUAAUUCCGUGUAGGGAUUGUGGUUCGGUUUAUAGUCCCGAGAAAGCAUUGGACACCCAACCUCGUCCGUUGGUAGUUCCUGGGACCCUGUCUAUAUAGUUCUCUGUAACAUCGGGUUGUGGAUCGUCAUUAGUCAGGUGCUAACAUCAGUUGAGCUAUUUCCAUUUUGCCCUUAAAAAGCACAUUACUGGACAUUAUGUUCCGCUGUAUGGUAUUACUCCUUCACAUAAGCACCUUUCAAACAAAAUCAAUAAAUAAGUACAAAGUUUCUGCAUAUCAUCACUUUGGAAUGGCUCAUAAUUUAAUAUGUAUAGAGAUUUGAAUUUUUCAUGUUGUUUAUAUUAAGCCUUACAAUUGAUCAAUAUCUCUUACUAUAUUUACAUCCUAUAAAUAUCAACACUGGGAUACAGUGUACAUUUAACUGUUGAGUCAGAAAGCUAAUUUCUUAACAUGAUUUCAAGCCAUCGCUCGACUUGAAGGAAAAUGUACAAUUUUUUUGAUAAUUAUAUUAAUUUCACAGAUUGAUAUCAUGUCAAUUGAAGCUAAACCACCAUGGGAAACCUGGAAGCACUGGACGGCCGUUUCGUCCUAGUAUGGGACUCCUCAAAAGUGCCCAUCCACGAUCCCGCACCCCGCGAGAUUCGAACCCAGGACAUAUAAGUCUUGCGCCAAGCGCUUAACCAUUAAACCACUGAAGUGGCAGGCAUCCAAUGGUGUUAAUGUCUAACUUCAACCAGUCCACGAAGUUGCACCACUGUAUAUACCAUUGUCUUCAGUAAGCUGAUAUCUCACAACAGACCUGGUUGAAUUCCACUAGUCACUGCUUCUCACUAGAACUCCAGGAGUAUCUCUUGAAGUCAGUCACUAGUGAGCAGAUGAUUGAUAUCAUGAACCGACUGAUGUUUAGACCUAGAAACAGUAGACGGUGGUGGUCUAACAUCAAUUGAUUCAUGAUCUUAAUCAAUAAAUUAAUCAUCUCCACAAUUCUUUUUUGAUAAUUAUAUUAAUCUCUUUCAUAAAGUAACUUUUAAUUCUUCUUUCCCUCCCCCCUCUCUAUUUAUUUAAUUAUUUUUUUUAGUAUUGGUCGUGGAGGUCGUUUUGGUCGUAAAGGUGUUGCUAUCAAUUUUGUUACAUUAGCUGAUGAACGUUUAUUAAAAGAUUUACAAAAAUUCUAUAGUACAAAAAUUAGUGAACUUCCAAUGGAUGUAGCUAAUUUAUUUUAGAAUUAAAAAAAAGUAUAUCUUCAUAUUUGAUACCUACACACAUACACACACACGCAUGAAUAUAUGGUUGACAACCUUCAUUCAUUCAUUCAUUCGGAAAAAAACUUUCUUUUCUUUAUUAUAUACACAUAUCUAUUAUCAUUUUUAUUAAAGAAAAGUUUAUUGAAUAUGUAUUUUCCCAAUUUGUUUUUCUCUUUUCUUUCCUCUUUUUUUCUUGAAAAACUUUUCUCUCUUCUUCUCCUUCUUUAUUUCAGUUUUAUCUACCAAAAAUGAUAAUAAAAACUCAUCUUUAACUGAAUUAUGUAUUCUCCUUGUUCAUUCAUAAACUUUCUGGAAUAUAAAUUAACCUUCUUUGUUGUUGUUGGAUGAAUAGUGCUGGUGGGUGGUAGUCUAUACUCCUCCACGAGGAGUGACAGGUGUAAGUAAGUUUGUUGUUGUUGAUAAUUCACUGUUUCUUCUUUUCAAUACAGUAUUUAUGGAUCUCGUUCAUUGUUACUUCUAAUGAAUAAUAUGUUUAAUGUGUUCGCAUUGAAUUCUUCUCAUUACAUUUAAUUGGAUUGAUAUUAAACAAUAUUCAUUUAUUCCUUGACUUCUGAUUAGUAGUCACAUUGUUCUUCUUUCCUUUAAAUCUCGUAUGUGAUGAAUUGUCUUUUUGUUGUCGUUGUUGUUGAUGAUGAUGAUGAGGAUUCACUGUUUCUUCUCUUCGAUACAAUGUUAAUAAAUCUUGUUCAUUGUUACUUAUAAUGAGUAAUGUGUUUAAUGUGUGUUCCUAUUUUGUUUCUUAUGAUUGGAUUGAUGUUAAACAAUGCUCAUUUAUUCAUUGACUUCUGAUUAGUAGUCAUCUUGUUCUUUUUUUAUGAUCUUUUAUGUGCUGAAUCGUCGUUGUCUUCUUCUGCUUUCCUUCUUCCUUUCUUUUUCCCCACUCAAUUAGUUCUGUAUAGAAAGCUUUCAUUUCCUUUUAUAUUUCUAUUCUUUAUUUAAGAAAAUCAGUAACUUUUAUUAUAGAAAUUUUCAACUAUCUAAAAUAGAAAUCAACAACAUUGGUUGUGAUGGUUUAACUGCUGUAAACAGUAUAAUAUUGAUUCAUGAACAAAUAAGAGAAAAAAGUACUUUGAUAAUUCAUCUGUUACUACUGUGUUCACAAUUCGCGUAUUGCUAUUUUUUCUUCUUCCAAUUGUUGCUAAGAGCAUCAUUAGUCCCCUUUUUACUUGUCUUAUUUUCAUAGUAUGAUAUUAUGAUUGGUAUCUAUCGAACUAUAUAUUCUGCUGUAUGUUGAAUUAAGGACUGAUUGUUUCAUGUAGUUCUUUAAAGACAAUGUGUAUGUGUGUGUGGUGUCUUUCAGAUAUCUACUUGUCAAUUGUUUCUGUUACGAGGGGAUAUCAUUGAAAUUUUUAAAAAAGGACUUGUUUUUUUUUGUAAAUGUGAUUAUUCAUCAUUCUAUACGCCUUUCUGUCCUACUUCUCUAUGGUUGGUUAUUUGGAUCUCACUCCUCUUUUUUUGUGUUGUUUGUCAUCUUAAGUCUGUAUCAUCAUUAUUACUGAUAAUAUUAUUAAUAUUACUCUAUUUUAAUUUCAAUUAGCAACUGAUGGUCAAUAGUCUUCGAGUAUAAAUAUGAAAAGGUAGCCAUUGUAUUUAUGUAUGUACUAUUUUAGUAUUGGAUUUAAAUUGAUUCAUUAAUUAAUUACAUAUUCGUAGAUGAUAUUCGUCAUAC